GUACUGCACAUCCCAGAUUCUGCACAUCCUGGGUACCAAACAGCCCAGGCACCACACAGCCUGGGUACCACACAUCCCAGGUUCCACACAGCCUGGGUACCAAGCAGCCAGCAACAGCAGAGCCAUCGCCGCAUCCCAUGGAGGUGUGGAACCGGGAGCUGCUCCCCAUGGCGCGCUGUCCCCUCUGCCCCGGGGGGUCUCUGCCCCCAGGAGGGGUUCGGCCACGGGGUGUCCAUGUGUUCCCCCCAUCUCCUCUCUGCCCUGGCACCUGGCACCCUGCUGGGAGCCGGCAGGGCUGUGGGUGAUGCCAGGGUUGUGGGCGAUACCAGGGUUGUGAUGAUGCCAGGGUUGUGAUGAUGUCAGGGCUGUGGUGAUGUCAGGGCUGUGCACAUGUCAGGCACUUCCACGUUGCGCCUUUGCUAAAGUCCAAGCCCGGGGACCGUCACAGCCUGCGUGGAAGCUGCUGAGGGUGCUGUGACUGCAUAAAUAGUGGCCGGGUGCUCCCGGCACAACAGGUCCCAACCCGACGCAGCACAGGCAAGUGGCUCCCGGGGCUCCCAUCCUCUCGGCUCGGUGCAGGUGUCCCCCAGCACUCAGGAUGUCUCCGAAGGCAGCCGCCCUUGUCCUGAUGCUCUUCGUGGUCUCAGGUGAGGAGGAACAUGGCUUGGGAGGUCCUGUCCCACGUGAGAAUGGGGACCCGAUGUCCCGGGGUGAGCUGCUGAGUGGGAAUGUGCCGGCACUGAUCCCGCAUCCACUUGCAGGGGCACAGGCUGAUGUCAACCCGGACGAGGUGGCCAGCGUGCUCUGGAAGUACUUCACGGAGCUGGGCAGCAAUGCCAAGGAGAAGGUGGACCAGCUGCAGCAGGGCGAGAUCACCAAGCAGCUCAACACCCUGCUGGAGAGCAACCUGCGGAACGUCAACUCGUACGCCGAGGACCUGCAGCGGCGGCUGGUGCCCUUCGCCACGGAGCUGCAGGCGCGGCUGGCGCAGGACUCGCAGCGGCUGAAGGAGCAGAUCCAGCGGGAGCUGGCGGAGCUGCAGGCCAAGCUGGCGCCCUAUGCCGACGAGGUGCACCAGCAGAUUGGCACCAACAUCCGCCAGCUGCAAGCCAAGAUGAGCCCCUACGCCGAAGAGCUGCGCUCCCAGGUGGAUCGCGGGGCUGGGGAGCUGCGGCAGGCGCUGGAGCCCUACGCUGCCGAGCUGCGGGAGCGGCUGCAGGACAACGUCGAGAACGUCCAGGCUUCCCUCUCCCCGUACGCCGACCGGCUGCAAAAGCAGAUCGAUGGUGGGGUAGAGAGCCUGAAGGAGCGUCUGGCUCCCUUGGCCGAUGAGCUGAAGGCGCAGGUGGGGCAGAGCGUGGCAGAGCUGCGACGUGGGCUCAGCCCCUACGCCCAGGAGGUGCAGGAUGGCCUCAACCGGCAGCUGGAGAGCCUGACGGCGCAGAUGGAGCGGGCGGCAGAGGAGCUGCGCAGACGUCUGGCCACGAGCUCUGAGGAGCUGCGUGCCCAGCUGAGCCCGCUGGCCCAGGAGCUGCGGCAAGUGGCCACGGGUGAUGCCGAGAGCCUGCAGCAGCGCCUGGCGCCCCUGGCCAAGCAGCUGGAUGAGCGCGUGGGGCAGACGCUGGAGGCAUUCCGGCAGCAGGCAGCUCCCUUUGGCGAGGAUUUUGGGCAGCAGCUGGUGAAGCGGCUGGAGGAGAUGAAGGAGAAGCUGGAAUCGGGCACCGCUGGCGUGGAGGACCACCUGGAGCUGCUGGAGAAGGAGGUGCGGGAGAAGGUGGCCACUUUCCUCAGCACUGCUGAGCCGGCUGUGAACUAAGCUCCCUCCCCGAACACCGUGGUGGCCGAACCCCACACCGCGAGCAGAAAUAAAUUGGCCCUUGUGAAGCACAUGCUGGUCCGUGUCCAUCCUUUCCCACAUCCCAACAUCCUGCCCAGAUGGGCAACCUGGGCAUUCCAACGGGAAAGCAUCACCCCUGAAUUUGGGUCCCAGGGCACCUGAGAGAGGGAGCAGGGUCAAGGAUAGGCAGGAGGAGGUAUGGAUUUCCAGCCCAGGGAUGCUGCAGCCAGGGAAUCCCAUCAAUUCCAGAGCCUCAGCAUACGGCUGAGCAUCCUCCCAUCCCAUGGCCCCACAGGGAUGGGGCUGGUGGGGAGAGGGCCCUUGUCCCCAGCAGCUCUGGAAGAAUUUGGGAUAGGAGUGUGGCCAGGGCUGCUCCAUGGGCCACACGGGCAAGGGAGCAGAGUGGACUUUGGUGUUGAUGACCGCUUGGACUUUCACCACUGUGGUGUGCUGGACUUUGCCCUCCACCACGGGGACCCCACACCCCAUCCCUGAACCUCGACCCCACA